CCAGUAUCACAUCAUCUCGUCAAUCAUCAACAAAAUAAUAUUGAUGGAUUGAAUAAUGGAAAUAAUAUCUCAACAGGCUUAUCAGCAUCCGGAAUUCAGGAAAGUCGGAUGAGCGUUGGCGGACUUAGACCACCCCCACAUCCUCCAAUUAAUUCUGUGUCCGAACAGGACAAAAAAGGUACUGUACAAAUCUUACAACAAUUUCCCUCUUCAUCCUCUUCGAUGAUACCGUACUCAUUAACUGGACCUCUCACCUCAACAACGCCAUAUUCAACAUCUUCCUUAAUGGGUAUGCUACCCUCGUCAACAGGCAUAUCAACUUUACAAUCAUCCGUAGGUGGUCCUUCGUUAAAUCCGUCAUCUUCAACAGCUGGUCUAGCAUCGGCUGAUGGUUUCGGAUUGCUUGGCCUACUGAGUGUAAUAAGAAUGACUGAUCCUGAUUUAAGCAUGUUAGCGUUAGGGAGUGAUCUUACAACGCUAGGAUUAAAUUUAAAUUCGCCGGAUGCACUUUAUGCGACAUUCACUUCACCAUGGUCAGAAAAUAAUCAGGCUGUUGGGUUAAUUGAGCCUGAGUAUCAUUUACCGUCAUGUUAUAACGUGCAACCACCACCACCAGCGCAAUCAAAAAUAGGGUCAUUUUCGGACGAGACGCUAUUUUAUAUUUUUUAUAGUAUGCCUCGAGAUAUAUUACAGGAGGCUGCUGCACAAGAAUU